AUGACUGCAUCACCAGAGCUUUUGGGAACAAAUGCAGCAACUUUGAUGCUAUACCCAUCUUUAGUCAGCAAAUUGGGAAAUGAGUUGCCCUUUAAACUAACCAAGAGGGCAUUCACUGAUUUGAUUAAAAAGGACAGUAAGAAACCACAAGUACCUGUUUUUGCUGUUCCUGUAACUGUACAGGACAAAUUGAAGCUGGUAAUGCCAGAAAAGUAUGAUCCCAUAUUCUCUGAUGAGAAUAUACCUUCUUCUUCCCACCAGCCAAAAGAUGUACCAUCCUCUGGUCCUUCCCAAAAAGGGCCAGUUGUAAAAUCUGACCGACAACCAUCCUCUGGGCCUUCCCAAAAAGGGCCAGUUGUAACAUCUUCACCUACCAGGGUGCUGAGGUCUUCAAAAUCACCAUCCAAACCAUCUCCUCCACCUAGGAAGAGAAGAUUUUUGCAGCAGAUCUCAGACUCUGAUUCUGACAAAGAACCAGUCCCCCCUCCUCUUGUCUCCAGGCCAAGGAAGAAGAUCAAGCCCACAUCCACAAUCACUGAUCUUACUGUGGACCCUCCUCAGGAAUCCAUGGUUAACCCUCUUGAGAUGGUCACAGUCUCUGAUCCUGUAAUGGUAGAACCAUUAUCUGCAGUACCUCUAACAACUUCUUCAGCACAUACUCCAGAAGCACAUAAUGCAGAAGCAAUUGUAUCCACUCCAGAAGCAAUUGUGACUACACCAGAUAUAGCUCAGGAAACUCUGAUUCAUGUUGAAGAUCCUGUUGCAGCUCCUGAUCAGGAGAUCUUAAGAACUGCAAACUCUGAGGAAGCUACAGCUCCUCUGUGUUCUCAUACUAUCAGCAUCAAAGCUCAUGAUGAUGAUGAUGAGACUGAAGUAACCUCUGUUCCACCUGUUAACUCAGGAUCUCUUAUAGCUGAAAUCUCAGCUUUGCUCAGAGAAAGCAUCUCAGUCAGGGAAGAUUCUCCAAUUCCAACAUUCUCUCCAAUCAAAGAUUCUUCACCUGUCAAAGUCUCUUCACCUGUCAGAGAUUCUACACCAGCUCCUGAUUCUGAAAUUCCUCACCUUGUGUCUACAAAGAGCAAGGUCUGUACAUUGACUUACACCAGGAAUAUGCACAGAGCCCCAUCCUCUUCUGUGGAAGCCAGGCUGUCUUCUAUUGAAUCCACUCAGAGAUCAAUGCAGCAAACUCUGGCUGACUUGAGCUCAUCUGUGGCUCAGCUGGUACAAUUUCUCAACUCCAAUGCUUUGAAUUCUAAUGAUGUCAAAAAGGGGGAGAAAGUACUUAAAGACAAAUGCAAGGUUGAUCAGCAACAGAGAAAGCCAGAUGAUGAGGAGGAGGAUGAAGAAAAGAAGAAAGCUGAGAAGAAAGCUGAAAAGUCUGAUAAGUCUGAAAAUACAAACUCUGACAUGGUCUUACAUACUCAGACUGAGGGAAAUAUGAGAGAUAAGGCUGGAAGCAGCUCAGCUACUCAAACUCAGACUACCAAAUCUCAACCUCUGAUACCAGCUGACAGUAAAUCAAGAGCUCUCUCAGAGCAACUAAUUGAGCUUGGUAAUCCUGAAUCUAAGAUUUUGAGUCACACAGUGAAGAUUCAGGGAGAGGAAACAACCUUAUUCUACAAAGCCCCUACACAACUGGAUUUCGAUGAAGCAGUUGCAAAGAAUAUAUUUGAACAAGAAAAUCCAGGGGUGUCAAUUGAGGAUAUUAGAAGGGAAGAAGAAAGGUUGGCUGCUGAGAAGAAGAAGAUCAGCAAAUCUAAGUCUGAUGAAAAGAUUGAUGAAAAGAAAGCAAAGUCUGAUGGAAAGAAACAGAUCACUGAUUCCUCCUCAAAGAAAUUACCAUCUUUAAAAAGAAAAGGAAUAGUGAUCAGUGAAGUCAACUAUGCUGAUAUCAAUAGGCCCAGAGUUUAUCAGAAGAAGUCUGACUCUGAUUCCAGUGAAAAAGGGAAAAAUGUCAUAGAUGGUGUUCCAUCUAAAAAGAAGGAUGAAUCAGAAGUUAAACAAACUCUUGCAACUAUUCCCGAGUCCAUUGAUCAGAAUUUAGCCUCUGACACUGCUCAAGCUAAAAAUAUGAAGGAAGAUAAGCUGGAGUCAGCUGAAGUAAAAGCUUCUUGGAUAAAGUCAACCUCUGACAAGGCUCAGGUUGAUACAGUUGAACCAAAGAAGAAGAGCUUAUUUGGAAGCCUUGGUACAGGACAGUACAAGGAAAGCUCCUUGUUCACUCAAAUCAGAGACAAAGGAACAAGAGGAAAGGAAGCAAGGGACACAACAGGUCUAGGUCAUAAGAAAGAGAAAAUCCAGACCAGUGAUGCAACUGUCUUCAGAGAUCCAUAUCCUCUUACUGAGAAGGCUGGAGAAGUUGUUACACAGAAAGACCUUGACAAAAUAGAAUCAGUACAAAUUCUGAUGGAUACUCAUGAUGGACCAGAAGAUAAAGAGAAAAUUUCUAUAUUUUUGGAAUCUGGCAGAAAUGAAGCAACCAAGAGAUGGUCUGAAAGGCUGAAGAGAACUAUCCAAGAAAAGAGAAGAUUUUAUGGGAUAAGUUCUGAUGCUGAAUAUGUGCCUAAGAUAACUCAAGAAGAUGGUUCAGAGAUUGAUAUGAUCAAAAAUAGCUCUGUUAUGGAGACUAUAGCUGGAACCAGAAUUUUGGGAGAAGCUAUGAAAAGGUGCAAGGCAAGAGCCUUGAGAUCAGCUAUAUACCAGACAGGAGAAGACAAUGAAGAGUUAAAGACUGUCAAAGCUCAGAUGAUACAGACUCUGAAACAGAUUGAAGAAGAUUUGAUCACUCUGUUUGUCAAGGAGAGCUAUGGAUAUAGACUGAUUGGCUAG